AUGGAUGUCGCUCAACGCGGGAGAUCCGACAGCAACGAGGCUACAGGAAAGCCACGAACAGGCAGCAAGGGCGCAAGCUCACUAACAUCCCUACAUGACAUCGUGGACGCGCUGCAGGGCUUCAGCCACAGAUAUGACCUAGAAGUGCAGGAGCUCCGUGCGACGGUUGCCAAGCUCACAGCUGAAAAUCGAAAGCUCAUGCGAAGAACUUGCGAUUCAGACGGCAGUACGACGAUGACCAACACAUGGACUUCGUCUGCCCCACCUUCGUCCAUUCAGGAUAGUAACUCGCCCAAGCCAACAUCAAAGAUAGCCAGCUUCAUCGCGGAAGAGCCUGACAAGCCUGACUGCGAAGACGAUCCGACGUUUGAUCCGUUGGUGGAUGUGGAAGUGUUGGAGGAGAUCAGCCCCCUAGAGUAUGAGGCUCGACGACGGGCCUCCAAUUCCGACGAGCUCGCAGACACCGGUUUCCAUCGGAGCGUGUCUUUUGCGGGAUUCAAGUUGAAAAGCCUUUGGACUACUGAAGUGCUCGGCAAGACAAGAACUCCCCAAGUGGCUUUUGUUCCUCCGCCGUCCACAACAUCGACGGCACUCCGCUUGCGCCCAACGGUAGCGGUCAAUGCUGCGGCCAUAGGCAUGGCAGAGCUCUAUCAGGGCUGGGUGUCUCGUUUCAUUGCCCGUCCUGGUGACCGCAAGCGACUUCUUUGGGACUGCUGUGGCUUGCUGUUUAUCGUUUACGACUGCAUUGCCAUUCCUAUCAAUGUGUUCGACCCACCAGUGACAACAUUCACGAUGUUUAUGGACUGGCUCACGCUGAUUUUUUGGACCUUGAACAUUGGUGCCACCCUGACCACGGGCUUUGUGAAGGAAGGUUUGGAGGUGUUGUCUCCCAAGGAGAUUCUAAAGAAUUAUCUCCGAACGUGGUUCAUCAUUGACAUGCUCACUCUGGGACCCGACUGGACACUCGAGAUAGUUGCCCGAACCGCCCCCGUCGGCGACGCUGGUGAAGGGACUUGGGGUGACAGCGCUGGUAGCCAAUCGGUGAGACUUCUCCGAGUCCUGCGUUUCGUGCGAAUUGCACGUUUGCUUCGAUUAUUGAAGCUGAAGCUGCUUCUGGAAGCUAUAGGUGACGCUAUCCCCAUGUCAGAAUAUGCAACGAUUGUUGGCAGAGUGGCGCAGAUGGUUGCUGUGCUCCUGUAUCUGAACCAUGUCAUUGCAUGCAUCUUCUAUGCAACUGCUUCGUUGGCAGCGGGCCAGAACACGUGGACUACCGAGUAUGGCUUGCUUGCCCGCCCUUGGACAGACCAGUAUGCUGUUGCAUUACAUUGGUCGCUCACGCAGUUCACGCCCGCAUCCAUGGAUGUACAACCACAAAACACCAUCGAGCGCUGUUUCGCCAUAAGCGUGGUGAUUUUCGCCUUGGUUGGCUUUUCCUACGUGGUUGGAGACAUCAGCAGUUGCUUGACGCAGCUCCGGAACAUGUCCGAGACGUCUUCGAAAGAGUUCCGCAAGCUGCGUACUUUCAUGAGGAUGCACAAGGUGCCCCGAUUGCUGGCCUUGCGUGUGACGAAGUUCGCUGAACAUGCAUACAGCAAGCAGCGGGAGGCAAUGCCGAUGAGCAAGGUGACUUUGCUCAACCUGAUCUCCGAGCAGCUCUUGGGUGAGUUGACCUUUGCAAUGAACAAGCCCCAUUUGGUUGUUCAUCCGUUGUUCGAGACCAUGGAGCUGAAUGCGACUUUAUUCCUGCAGCGGAUGUGCAUCAAGGCAUUGGCGCCGAAGCAGCUCGCACACAACGACUUCCUCUUCGUUGCUGCAGAACAGGCCAAAGAGAUGACCUUUCUAACCUCAGGAAUGCUGCUUUACAAAAAAGUCUCGCACGAGGAAUACGUACAGAUAGAUUGCGAUUGGAUAACGGAACAAGCCCUCUGGCUGACAAGCUGGGAGCACCUAGGCACUGCAGAAUCUCUGGGCGAGUCCACACUUGUCAGCAUCGACUCAGAGGCGUUUGGCAGCGCUUGGUAG